GAAAAGACAAAAGAGAAGAAAGGUUUGCGCGUACCCGUCACAAACGCACUCGCCAAGUUGGAUUUACUUUGAUUCGCAACAUCCGAUAAGGAUUCAAGCCGUUUAUUCAUCUAAUCGGAAUAGUUUUUGGAAUUAGAGCUUAAAUUCGAAAUUAAGUGAAAUUUGAGUUGCGAGGUCCGAUUAAGGAGUCGUUGAGCUGAGAAAAUACUGGGCAAUGAUAGUUUAGGGUAUUGUGAAGCUGUAGCAUCUUACGGAACUCGAUUUAAGCUUACGUUUUGCCUGAAACGAAUUUCGAAGUUGGACGCUCGUAAUAAACAGUAAUGACCAGCAGCUUUUCGUGCCGAUUUUUGUCUGUUUUCGGCCCGACUUUGGAUCAGCCAAUUAUGAGUCUUCUAGUACUUCGAAAGGCUUUUCUUUUGAAUGUAAGUUUGCUUGAAACGGAGUUCGGUGGAGAGAGUUGUGGCUCGAUCAAGUUCGACAUGCAAGCUCCAGGUUGCGGAUGGCUUUGAAUAAUCGCUUUUGGAUUAGGAUAUCGUCAAUACAAGUGAGCUUCAUUGUUUGGUUUUUGGACAUUCUCAGGUUCCUCAAUUAGCGGCCAAUAGAGCGAGAGCGAUAUCGACGGGGACUUUUGGGAGUUGGAUCUUUGGUUGUGUUUGAGGUUGCAUCCUUCGAAUGGAUGGCCGUGUCAUUGUCCCUAUACCUAUAGGAUUUGGGGUGUGACAAAGAAUAUAAGCAUUUGAGCAUGGUGUUCAAUCUCCGAACCUUCAGUUUCUCCAGUUCCGAUGAAGAGGAUCCAACACCUCCUAAAAGCUUCUCUCUAAAGGAGCUACGAGACGCGACAAACCACUUUAGCCAUGGCAACUUCUCUCUAAAGGAGCUGCGAGAUGCGACGAACCACUUUAGCCAUGGCAACAUCGUGGGUGAAGGCGAUUUCGGCACGGUUUAUCGAGGACGCUUAGCCGAUGGUUCUCUAGUGGUAGUGAAACGAGCAAUCACUAUCGAUCGAGAAAGGGAAGAGAUCUUCGAAAGGGAAAUGCAAGUGGCAAGCUCCGUUGCGAUGCACCCAAACGUGCUAAGCCUGAGGGGAUUUUGCAGGACAAAGGGAGAGCUUUUACUAGUCUAUCCCUUGAUGAUCCACAACAGCCUCGCUUCUAAUCUUGGGAAGCAACCGGAACGGUCGACCGGACCUCUCAAUUGGACAACUCGCAAGCGUAUAGCCUUGGGAGCAGCCAGAGGUCUAGCGCACCUGCACAAUCAAGGUGAUGUCAGGAUCAUGCACCGCCACAUUUGCCCACAUAGUAUAUUGCUGAACGCGCAAUUGGAGGCGGUGAUAGCGGGUUUCUGCUCUGCCGUGAUCAUGCACGAGAGAAAUGUACAGGAGGGGACUAUAACGUCCCAGGUAGAAGAUUCAGUUGCUUCCAGCUCCGGUUCUCAAACCUAUCAUUGCUACGACGAUGUUUACGUUGACAGCCACAUCCACGGCGUGAUUGGGUUCAUUGCCCCAGAGUACUGGUCCACAAGAAAGUACACACUGAAGAACGACAUUUUCGCCUUCAGAAGAACGCUUCUCAUGCUCGUCUCCGGACAGGCGACUGGGAACCUUUUUCCGCUGGCGUUUGGCGAACAUAUCGUUCCGGAAGAAUGGAUGGACGGAUGUAUUAUUAAGAACGAGUUGAAAAUGUUGAUCGAUCCCGAAUUGCGGGGGAACUACGUGGAAGAGGAAGCAGUGGGACUAGUCCAGUUGGCAUGGUUGUGCACGUACAACGAUCCAUCGGUCCGACCCGAGAUGUCUCAAGUAAUUAGAAUGCUCGAAAGCCAGUUGCUCGGGCAGGAUCCUAGUGCUAGUAGUAGGAGCAGCUGGAGCCGAAGCGAACAUGAUUCGACGCCAUACUCUAUGUUGCACCGACACGUGAAAAUGGCCAACGUGUCGGUGUCGGACACGUCGACACGCGUUGGACACGUCGACACGCGUGGACACGCCUCCGACACGCGGUCAACACGGUGUCGGAUUUCCGACACGAAGUCAACUCUCCGGACACGCCUCCGACACGCGAGUCCGGCGUGUCCGAAGAGUAAAUUUGUAAAAAAUGAAAACAGAGAACAAUAAAAGGCGUCGACCACC